AAUCAUUAGAAGCCACGUCUUCUCUCUCUCUAUCUCUCCCACUUGCGAGAUUAGACGAAUCUGAGAAAAUCAAAUCAAACCGGUUCCGAGUCAUCGAGAAAUGGACCGGCUCAAGGAUCAAAGACGGCCGAGGUACGACGGCGAAGAGCCUCCGCCACCUGAAUUUGACGACGGAGAUGAAGAAGGAGGGACGCCGGGGCCUUUCGCGGGAGGCAAAAUCAGGAGGAAAGCGUCUCGUUACAGAGAGCACCGUGGCGACUACCUUCACGUCUCCACUCGUCCUGGGCUGAUGAGGAUCCUCGAGAAACAAGGUGACACGUCGAUACGAUUCGCUGAUAAGGUGUUGAAGUUCACAGGGACGGGGAAGAUGAAGAGGCGAAUCUUCAUCCUGACGGACUUUGCGAUCUACCUGAUUGAUCCCGAGAGUGAAGCUAUGACGCGGAGGAUAGGUUUGGCAGCGGUGGAGAAAGUGUGUUUGAGCAAGUUGAGCGAUAACUUCUUCGCUGUGAUUAUCCCCACCGAGUAUGAUCUGCUCAUGGCAAGCACUCGCAAGACUGAGCUUGUUCAGGUCAUGGUCGAUGUGACUAAGAGUGCUUCUGACUAUGAGCUUGAAGUCCUUCUCUCCAACAGGUUUGAGUACAAUGCUUCUGCUUCAUUAGUGAAGGAAGUUUCAUUUGAGGAAGCUGAAGGGGGUAUCAAGACCAGUUUUAAGUGGAAGUGAGUGCACCUCAUCUUUCCUCGCUGUUCAUAAACUUUGGAGGGAAAUGUGAAUGGAUUCUUUCGUUUUCGCUACUAUAAGCUCAAGUCUGGGCGGUGAUGUUGUUUAUUAUAUUCUCUGUUUCGUCUUGUUUUUCCUCAGACACGAAUUGUGCAACUUGUUCUAUAUUGACAAGUGUAUUUUCUACAAAAUUUAUGUAUGAUUGAGUUCCUUA